AAGAAAUCCGAAGUGUGAUAUCCGUAUUCCUGAUAAUAAUAUAUCACGAAUCCAUUGUAUUCUGAAGCAUGACUCAAGAGGCUGGUGGAUUAUAGAUAAAGAGCUAUUCUUCUAAGGUUCUAAAGUGCUGACAGGCACAUCAUCAGAUAAUAUACAGUACAAAGUCCGUAAUCCGGACUCAUCGGGACUUCGACGAUUCCGGUUUAGAGGUUUUUCCAGUUUAUAGAUCAUCAAUUGAAAAGUGAGUGUGAAUGGAACUUAUAUCCAUGAGGUGCGCAUAAAGCCGAAGACUCCUACUUUGUUAAAAAAUGGUCAUCAUAUAUUUUUGGGACCUCCGUCUGAAGUACCUCAUGUAUUUCGUUACACUGAUUCUUAUCCAUCAGACAGAAAUCCCUUUAUUCACAGAGGCAGAACCAAAUUUAUGCGAAACAGCACUUUGUCUGGAAAUGAAAAUUCAUCUGUUAAGCUAGGUUACACAGAUGAUGAACCUAAGAAAUGUGAAAUAAUUGUAAGCAAAAGUCUGCAGUGCUCAGAAAGAAAAAAUGCCAUUCCAGAAAUGCCUGAAUGUUCUUCAAAUAGAAUUAAUCUUAAUUUUAAUGACAAUAAUCAAGACUGUAAAAUUAAUGAUGAUCCAAAUGAAAAUGGUGAAGGUUCUCUUAGUGACAGUUGCUCAUCAGAUUCGUCUAUGGCAAGUUUAGAGAGUCUUCAGACAAGGAUACGGCGAAAAAUUGCUUCUAAACAAAAAAGUAAACAAUUAGGUGAUGGAGAAGGGCCUUCUUCUAGUGUUCCAAGGAAAAGAAAGAAAAAAAAUGACAAAGAUCUUGAACCAGGGAAUUUAAUUAGUUUAAAUGUAAAUAUUCCAGCAACUUCAGGGACUGAAAAACCAUUACAAGAUGGUCAAAAAGAUGAAAAUGAGUCGGUGGAAGAACAUAAGAAUCAUACUCGUGCAAAGGCUAAAAUUUUAACUGAUUCAGAGAGGCAAGGACUUGAAUCUGAAGAUUCUCAGAGUCUUCUGACCGAAAGUUGUAUUACAUUUGACUUUGAUUCACAUCCAUUUUCACAAGAAAUUCCACAACAGCAUGAAAUUCCUGAAACAAAAGCAGUUAUUUCAGCAUCGGAUGGAAUGCAUUCAGAAAACCAAAAAUGGAAUCUGGAAGCUUAUGAAAAGAUGAUUGUUUUUUUGCAAUCUAAACUUAAUGAAUGUGAAAAAAAUAAUUUAGCCUUGGAAAAAUCACUUAAAGAAGCAAAUGUGACAUUUAUAACUGAGGAAGUUAAGCAAAACCUAAAUCAAGAAUUCAGAAAAAAAUUAGAAGACUUGCAUUGCACUAUAUGUACUGAAUUAUGCAUAAAGACUGUUGUGUUGAAUUGCUCUCACUCAUUUUGUAAAUAUUGCAUUACUGAAUGGAAAAAAAAGAAAAAACAGUGCCCUAUAUGUCGAGAAAGAGUAACUACAGAAACAGACGUAUUAGCUUUAGAUCACUUUAUUGAGAAAGUGACAGACCUGUUAAGCAAGGAAGAACUGGAAAGGAGAAAAGAAUUAAUUGAAAGCAGAGAGCAGGCCAAAGUUCAAACCACACCAAUGACAACUAGAGCACGGAGACGAGGAAGAGGACGACAACAGUCUCGUCAGUUAGAACAGAGAAUGCAGAACUCCAUAGAAUUUAUGAUGGAAGUGGAUGGAAUAAUUGCAAUGGCCACUGAGGAUGGUGUAAUUGCAGUGGGCAGUGAAGAUGGUGUAAUUACAAUGGCCACCAGUCAAGAAUCAGAUAGUGAUUCUUCUGUGGAAGGUUUAUCAUAUUAUCCUGGAUAUGGUCGCUGCUUUAAUUGUGGAAGAAGAGGACAUUGGUCUAAUGGGUGCCCUCUCCGGUGACUAAUUCUUCAAAGUGACUAAUUUGCAUUGACUAAUUUAAAUGAUUAUUCAUUUUGAUGAGAUUGGAGGCUAUGUAUUUGUUUUUCAUUAUUUAUGAGAAAUGUCAUCUUAUUAAUGUAUGUGUAAAAAAGAAUCUGAAUAAAUUUUUUAAAUAAAUAUAUUAAAAAUAU